GACAAAAUUAGAACUCAUAUUUUGAUGACGAUUUUCCAAGAUGUCGGCUUCCACGGUGAUGGAGUUUGCUGUCAAAAUGACAUGUGAGGGAUGUGCAAAGAGUGUGAGAUCAGCACUUGAAGGAGUGGAUGGAAUCAAAUCUGUAAAGAUAAAUUUGGAGAAUGAACAAGUGAUUGUAGAGGGAACCCUUCCAUCAAACAGUGUAAAAGACUUAAUAGAGGCUACAGGAAAACCUGCAGUAUUGCAAGGAUAUGGGUCCAGCACAGUUGCCAAACCAAAACAAACUGCUGCAGCAGUGGCCAUGAUGGAGGCAGGAAACACUAAUGUCAAAGGAGUUGUGAGGUUUGUGCAGACAGAUAAUGAUACUUGUGUAGUGGAUGGUACAAUGGAUGGACUACCACCAGGAAGACAUGGACUCUUCAUACACGAGUGUGGCGACUUAUCCAAUGGCUGUAAUAGUUGUGGAGAUGUUUUUGGCAAAAUGGGGCCUUUGACAAAAAAGGUAGCUGGAGCUAUGGGUGAUAUAGUGGUCCAUCCCGAUGGACGGUCAGAGUUUCAUAUGAUCAAUAAAAAUGUCAAAGUCUGGGAUGUGAUUGGCCGGUCCAUGGUUAUUCAUGAGGAAGACACAGAUGCGCGAAUUCAAAAUAAAUUGGAAAAUAGGUUAGUGUGUGGUAUCAUUGCCAGGUCAGCAGGGCUGUUUGAGAACAGUAAGAAGAUCUGUUCCUGUGAUGGCAUUACUUUGUGGGAUGAGCGAAACGUUCCAGUGGCAGGCGAUGGACGCAAAUCUAAAAUGUAAUCUGAGCACUGGACAAAGAGUUCUAUCAUCGUUUUCAUGAAAUAUGAGAAGUAAAAAAUAGAUUGGUGAUAAAAAGACAGAAAAUUUUUGAUGAAGUUAAAAUAUUUCAGACAACAGACUUCUGAAGCUAUGGAAUACAACAAUGUGAUACUGAUUUAUGUUGUGACUUGUGACCCUGAUAACUCAACACCAGAUAUAUCAACAAGGAAGAAACGUUGAACAUUAUCUCCAUCUUUUAGGAAAAUUGACAGAAUUGCAAUAUGGGGAAAAGUAACAAAUGUGAUUGAGCGGUGCUUUAAUAACCUGUGGUUUGAUCGAAUUACUGUGACAAUAAUAUGUACAUGAAACUUAGAUGUUAAACAGGUGUACUAAUCAUGUAAUUUGUAAUCCAGGAUGAUCUCUUUUGCUUUUAAUGAUGAUUUGAUAUAUGUUAUUUUGCAAUUCUUAUUUAUUUUCUCUUUAAAAAUAUGAUAAAUAUACAAAUUGCUGGAAAUCCAAUGGCUUUAAUAUAGAUAUACUUACCAGGUAACUUAUCAUAUGACCCAUGGAAUAUGUCAAAAUAUAUUUAUCAGACUCGUUGUCAGGCAUUUGAUUGGUCCAAGGAAAACAAAAAAGCAAAACAGCUGACCAAUCACAAUCCUGAUAUAUUGCCUUUAAGGACCCCACUCUAAAACCACAGGGACUUGACAUGUUCCAAUCCUAUGACCAGAAUGAAAUAUUUAACCCAAGGGUCACUUCUGUGGGUUGGAAUCUGGGGAUAAAAAAAUCAUGAGACCUGGUGUAUACAUAUAUAUCCAUGGCAGAUUUGUCUAGAUUGCUACAACUCUACCUUCUGGGACACUGUGUCUCCAACCUCCUGUAUUGUAUAUUUAAUUUUGGUUCAUAGGAACAUGUCAAGCCCCUGUGACUCAAACCAAAGCCUGGUUUUCAUUAAUGGUACCACAUGAUUUCUUUUAAUUAUGAAAGUGAUAGAUAUACGAUUCCCUGUCCCUGUCCUGAUGGCUCAUACAGUGCUAUUAAUUUUGUUAAACGACAUAUUCAAAGGUUAUGUUGAAGGUAAAGAGGAAACCCUUCGACAUUGAAGAUGAAAUUAAUUGUACCUUUACUUUGAUAGUUGUUUUGAAAUUGAAAAAUCCAGAUGUGUAAAUCUGCAUUUGAUUUUACAUCAAUUAUCAUAAUUGUUAUGUUAUGAAAGAUGUUGUUAAUAAGUACAUCUAAUGUUAUUUGGAAUAAAACGAUAUGUACCAGUACUAGAUCAUAACUAUAAUGUAUUCAUAUAUUUGAAAACAGUUGCCAUAUAUUGAUUGUAUGAGUUGUUCACAUUCCUGGGCGGGGCAUAUUUCAUUAUAAUAUUAAUGUACAAUGCCCGUUUUGUCAGUUAAUAAUAGAUGAUAAAAGGCCCUUAAAAUAUAGACAAGUUGUCAGUUAAUAAUAGAUGGUUAAAGACUAUUAAAAUAUAGACAAGUUGUCAGUUAAUAAUAGAUGGUUAAAGACCAUUAUAAUAUAGACAAGUUGUCAGUGUCAGUUAAUAAUAGAUAGUUAAAGGCCAUUAAAAUAUAGACAAGUUGUCAGUUAAUAAUAGAUGGUUAAGGCCAUUAAAACAUGGACAAGUUGUCAGUAAAUAAUAGAUGGCUAAAGGCCAUUAAAAUAUAGACAAGGUGUCAGUUACUAAUAGAUGGUUAAAGGCCAUUAAAAUAUAGACAAGUUGUCAGUUAAUAAUAGAUGGUUAAGGCCAUUAAAAUAUGGACAAGUUGUCAGUUAAUAAUAGAUGGUUAAAGACCAUUAUAAUAUAGACAAGUUGUCAGUUAAUAAUAGAUGAUAAAAGGCCAUUAAAACAUGGACAAGUUGUCAGUUAAUAAUAGAUGAUAAAAGACCAUAAAAAUAUAGGCAAGUUGUCAGUUAAUAAUAGAUGGUUAAGGCCAUUAAAACAAAGACAAGUUAUCAGUUAAUAAUAGAUGGUUAAAGACCAUUAUAAUAUAGACAAGUUGUCAGUUAAUAAUAGAUGGUUAAAGGCCAUUAAAAUAUAGACAAGUUGUCAGUUAAUAAUAGAUGGUUAAAGACCAUAAAAAUAUAGACAAGUUGUCAGUUAAUAAUAGAUGGUUAAAGGCCAUUAAAACAUGGACAAGUUGUCAGUUAAUAAUAGAUGGUUAAGACCAUUAAAAUAUAGACAAGUUGUCAGUUAAUAAUAGAUGGUUAAGGCCAUUAAAACAAAGACAAGUUGUCAGUUAAUAAUAGAUGGUUAAAGACCAUUAAAAUAUAGACAAGUUGUCAGUUAAUAAUAGAUGGUUAAGGCCAUUAAAAUAUAGACAAGUUGUCAGUUAAUAAUAGAUGGUUAAAGUCCAUUAGAAUAUGGACCAGUUGUCAUUUAUAAAUUUCAAUUUGAUUGUAAUGUUUCUCUGUGAGAGUAGAUACUGAAAGAUAUGGAGAGUGACUGAUGUAAAAUUUGAUGUAUUUAUAACUUAGAAAGUCAAUAUGAUUAAAACCAGAUCCAUAAUACCAAUCUGAUACUACAUUCCAGUGUUUGACUGGAACAUUUGGACUGGAAUGCAGAGUAUCAGAGUUUUAAUCAGAUUGUUGGAGUGUUAAUGUAUGUUUUGAAAUUUUAGUGAUGGAAGUUUUAAUUUUUCUGUUGAUAUGUCUUCAAAUAAAGCGUAAAUCUCACCUGUUUGCAAAACUUUAUUUUAUAUUAUUUAAUUUAUGACACUGUUUGAGUAAGCAGUGCUUAGUCAGUUACAUUUUAAUCAUGUCAUUGCUUUACUGUCUAAUAAACAAAAUGUAACCUGUAUCAAGGUUGAAAAUGAAAUAAAAGAAUUAUAAAAAUA